GGAUAGCGUGAAUUCCGAAUUAUUAUAACAUUCAAAUUACCAAAAAUAAAAACAUGUAAUUUAUUUCAAUUUACACCAUAAUGUUAACGUGUUUUAUAUUUAUUAACAGUAUUUUUUUUUUGUGAGAAAUACUGAGAACAGAUAAUGAUUUGUACUUGUUAAUAUUAACAUAUGUAAUUACAAAAGUAAAUAACAUAUUACUGAACACUGUUAAAUUUGUUAAUCUAUAAAAUAAUUACCAAAAAGCAGAAGAUAUGGCAACAUAUAUGUUACAAAAGACUGUUAUGUCAUUUUGCACGUGCGGCCUACUGAAACUUUUGCCAGAUCUGUUCUUUUGUCGUCAUUGUUUGACACUACGCUGCAACUAUUGUGUAAGUCAUGAAAUAGAUACGACAUUUUGCCCACAUUGCUUCGAAAAUCUUUCAUCCACUGAAGCCAAACAUAAGAAAAACCGUUGUGCUUCAUGUCUGGAGUGUCCAAGGUGUUUUAAUACGCUUUCAACGAGGUCAUAUUCCCGGACACAGGAUCCUAAAAAGCCUCCCCAGAAAAUGUAUUAUUUACUAUGUUUAUUUUGCAAUUGGCGAUCACACGAACCUAUUGUUCCUGAUCAACCAACGUCAUCAGGAAAUUGGCCUGUUUACAAAAAUACUAACGAUGCUCGAAUUUUAGAUCUUAUAAAUUAUUAUAAAUCAUUGUCUUUGAAAGAAGUGUUUGACAAACAAAGAAGGAGUACAAAAAGCUAUGGUCGUAAUUAUAUGCACUUUUUGGAAAAAUUUGGGUUAAACGCUAUGAUGGCACGGAAACGUGCCGGUCUGCCGAAUUUCCCAAUGGAUGGUGCUGCAUAUAGUACUCCUCAGCUCAACUUGAUUGAGGCUGUAGAAGACGUUCCCGGAUUACCUGAAAAUAUUUUUGAGGCCCCAGUCGAUUUUAAGAAUACCACUACUUUAGAACAGCGAUUUGCUACUCCAGAACUUCAAGACGAAAAUGUCGAUAAUCUUUUUCCAAUACGUAAGCAUCUUCGCGUGAAACACUCACUCCGCUGCCGUGUGUGUGAACACAAUGUUGUCAAACCUGAAUAUAAUGCUGUCAAAUUUAAAAUAAAGCAUUUAGCAUACUAUCAUGUGCCCGAAAUCAAAGUGAUCAAAUGUGAUCCAUUACAACCUGGAAAAUCGAGUCAGUUUGUACUGAAGUUGUGUAAUCCAGCACAGACAUCGACUAUAGUCAGUUUUGAAAAGCUAGACGUAAAUACUAUUAAUGUAAUAAGGGAGCCAAGACGGCUUGAAGGAGAAGAUCUCAUUCCUCCAAAACAAUUGCCUGAACCAGUAACGAUGACUUUAAAUUCAUUAAGCAGUAUUCUGAUUCCUGAAGGCGAAAUCAAAAUUGCAGCCAGAGAUGAUACAGCUGAAUACGAUGAUACAAAUGAAGUGAAUACCGAUAAUGACGACCCUAAAUUUGUAUGUUGGAGAAAGGGCAAUAAGGUUGCGCUCAAAUUUGAAGUAAUACCCCGUGAAAAUACUGUAAAAGGUAUUAACGUGCAAGUGGGAUUUGUAAUGAACUUUAUGUAUUUGGAUACAAUGUCGCAUGUAAUCAACCAAAAGCAACCACAGAGUAUUUUGGUGCCUAUAAAAGUUGUGUUAAAUUUACCCAAUCCAGCUUAAUGUAUUUAAGUGUAUUACAGAUAAAUUACAUCGAAGCUAAAGACAAAACAAAAUUGUAUAAAACAUGUUAAUUUUAUUAAAAUGUUCAGUUUAAUUUAAAAAAAACAUUUGUUUUAAAAAUCGUAUUUAAGUUACAUUUAGAUAUUAAUUUUUAUCUUUAAUAACUUCAAGAAUUAAUAAAAAAAUAUA